AUGGCCCCCAUCUCCCCAGGCUUUGAAGCCGCUCCGCCUCGCAAGGUGAAGAAACUCACCUCCUCAAGCAACCUGCACCGAUUCGAGUCCUUCACGAAACGUAUUUCUCGGUUGAAGAUUGACCCUGUCCAUACAGUUGAGAAGAGAAACUCGAAUAAUGAGAAUGAUUUAUCUCAGAGCUUUUUCCGAACAUCACUGGAGGAAUGGGCCGAGCUGAACUUGUCACACACAUUCACGAGCUUUUUGAACAAAGCAAGCCCUCUCUGCGAAAAUCUGCCGCAGCUGCUUCACCAUGCCGACACAAUUUUUGACUUGCUCGUACAACACAUUGAAAAGAAAGAUGCACUGGCCUUGGAGCCUCUCCUGAGCCUUCUCGCCCACCUUGCACAUGAUCUUGGUCAGAGUUUUGAACAAUACUUCGCGAGGAGUGUGACAUUGGUCACUCAUGUUGCUGCCACUCAUGAGAGUGCCGACGUGAUCGAAUGGUCAUUCACGUGCUUGGCCUGGAUGUUCAAAUAUCUCUCUAGAUUACUCGUGCGAGAUCUACGUCCUCUUCUCAACAUUAUGACGCCAUAUCUGUCCGCCAAGAAAGAUUAUAUUCUUCGUUUCAGUGCGGAAUCCCUUGCUUUCUUGCUGCGGAAGGCUGCUGUCUUAUAUCCGAAAAGAAAGGCUCCGCUAAGCCUCGCAGUGAAACACCUCAUGCAAGAAUGUUCCCGAGACGACAGGUCAGCCUCUCUACACCCAUACAGGAAUGGGGUCAUAGCUCUUUGUGCUGAAAGCGUGCGAGGAAUCGAUGGACAACUACAUUCGAGUUCUGAAUCGCUUGUACGCUGUCUUUUGGAUACCGCCGUGUCAAUGGAAGAGGAGGUCGUCCGACCUACUGUCGAUGGAGUCCUCAUCGCACUGAUCCAUGAGACAAACCGCGUGGGGUUUCAACCGGUCUUCGAAGUGGUGCUAGACCGCGUUCGACAAUGCGCGGCAUCUGUUCAACCGGGCCAGCUGUCAUUCGCGCUUAGAUUGCUCACAGUGGUGAUGGGGACGAGAAAAGGUUCGAGGAUCCCUGAUUGGACUAAGGUGAUACAGGCCUUUCUGGAAAUCACCGAGGCUUGCGGCCAGACCGAGAGCAUGGAGAUUCAAACAAAACGAAGAUCAGCAACUGUUUCGGCGACAAUUCUUCAGUAUGCUCCGAUGGAUCAUUUACUACCAGUGUCACAGAAGUUAUUGGACUCUGCGACGAAAACAUUUUCACCGCGUGAGUUCUUUGGCUUCUGCACACUAUGUGCCACCCUUGGAAAAGAAAGAUUUACCAUUCUGGUGCUUCCUCGACUCCAACAGUACAUCGUGACCUGUUGGUCAGAUGAUGAAGUCAGCGUCUACUAUCUAGGGGAAAGACUCCAUCAAGAUGGGAUUCUCUCUGUUGGAGAGAAAACCACCGGAUCUAUGGACUGCCCACAGCAGCUUCAGGACUUCAUCACCGGUCAACUGUCCAUAAAAGCCUCGGAAUUGGUUGCUUGGCCCGUGCACCUCAUCGCUGGACGAGUUCACUUGGCUAGAAAUCUUCGCUUCAGUCAAAACCCAGAGGGCGCCGGUGCUCUCCUCAGUGCUUACCGAUCGUUGAUCGCCGAUGCGCUGAACGAGACCGGAAGUGGUUCGGACCUGCGUUGGCGCGUCCUUCUGGGCUGGGCUUUUGAGACCUACCUUGACAUGUUACCCGAUGACGAUUCUGGCAUCAAACCUCUCCUACGACUCGCCCUAGGCACUUCCCCUACUAAUUUUCGACUACCCUCCUUUUUACACGCUAGUAACCGCCUGUGCAAUAUGGCUGCUACUUUCAAAGGCGUUGAAAGCAGUGUUUUACAACGUGUCCGAUACAUCUUGGUUCAAAAUCUGCUUAGCUCUUCAGUAUCACUGAAAGUGGAGUCUUUGCGCCUGCUCUCACUACUUGCAACUCCAGACCUCAACGAAUGGAUCUCUGAAUCUAUCGAUCUAAUGCUUCAUAUUCUGGGAACUUCGUACACUCCAGCCGAAGCUAGACAAAUUGCGAUGCUUCUCAGACGCCUUCCACAGCGGCAAAUCAAGGUCGCUUCAGAUUCGGAUUUUCAGAAUAUGAUUCCCUUCUUCGCUUUAGGCCUGCUCUCAAAUUACCACGAUCAAACAAGGAAAGAAGUCUGCAACAUUCUAGCACAGAUGGUGGAAGGAACAUCGGUCGAAGAAACUGUGAUCGACGUAGCUAUGCAAUGGCUCCAAACACCGCCAGAACUUGCAAGCAAUCUCCGAAAGAAUCCUGAGCAAACGAAGGUAAAGCCAUCGGCAUUCGAAUGCAUGAAUCUUUCACAAAUCGAUGAGCUUUGUGAUACAGUCUUUGACGAUUUUCAGAAUUCGAGCGAAAGACUUCACAAAAUUGCAGAAAACGAACAUCAUUGGGAAAGCACAAGGACUCCGGUGACCGGUCGAACUUUGGCCCUUCACGUUUUAUUGGCGAUGCCGGCCUCUGCGGAACGUCGGUCUCGUUUGUUUGUGCCAAUAUUUUUGGCUGCCCCGAUGCGUCGUGGACAGCUAGAACACAGGCCUAACUCAGAUGCUUCUAUGUCGUCGCACACAAUGAGCCCAGAAUUGGACGACUCCGAAUGGUCACUCUCAGACCGCAGGGCCUUAUUGACACUAUUGGGCAAGUUUGUCAAUCCUCGGGUUCUUUUUAGAUCCAGCGAGGUGUAUGACAAGCUUAUUGAUCUUUUAAGCAAUGGAAAUCGUGAGAUCAGAAAGCUAGCACUGCAGGCGGUAUUCACGUGGAAAGAACCCGUUCUAACUCAGUACGACUCCACACUGCUGCAGGUGGUUGAGGAGAAGUUCUCGACAACAUACCUAGAGACGUUGUUGAGCGUUGAUGAGGAACAAACGACCAUCAAGCCGAACGAUCGCAAUACUGUUCUCCCAAUUCUUUUGAGACUUAUCUUUGGUCUGAUUGUUGGCCGAGCAGGCACAACGGGCUCACAAGAAGCGAGAAGAAAAUCGAUACUCCGUGCUCUGUUUCGGAUGCGGGAGGGCGAGAUCGCCACAUUUCUCAACAUUGCGCUGGGCAACCUAAAGAAUAUUCCGCCUGCAGUUUUGCAGCCAGACUGCAUCGGGCCCGACCCAAUUUUGAUUCCUGACGAUCAGCAAUAUGGAUUUCUCCGAUUGCUUCUCUCAAUGCUCGAGACGUUACAGAGCCAGUUCGCACCCUAUGGCGUGCAAGUCGUUGAUGCAAUCAUUUUCUGUAUUGUCAGAUCGUCGCACCAGAAUCAUGCUCCCGUCAAUUCUUCUAGUGCAGGAUCAGCUCUGUCCCGAAAUAUCAGACGCAGUGGCUUCCAAUGUCUCGUGCUUCUCUUCGAGCAUUGCCCAGGAAUUGAUUGGCCACGCUAUUUGCCGGUUCUCUUCAGAAAUGCCAUCUCUCCCCGUCUUGAGAACUUCGCAUCUGAGACAAAUCAAGGUAUAUCUGGGCUUCUGCGUCUUUUUGCGUCUUGGGUGCACCUCAACGACCUCAUUAGUUACUUGAGGGAAUAUGAUGAGAGAGUUCCCGAUGUGCUUUGGCAGUGUUUAACUGUGCCAUCCGCGCAAAAGGAAGUCAAGGUUUUUAUUUUGGAAGAGAUCGUUUUGCCCUGGAUACAUCUGGCCGAAGAUAAGUCAAUAACCCCGAAUAAAGCUGCCGAACUGCUUCGCACGGUGUCAGAUGACCUUCUGAAAGCGAUCAUGGUACUUCUGGAAAGACAGCCACCCAAAGAAAUCCUGAGCGCCAUAACCUCUGUGCUGCCAAGGAUUCCACAUUUUGCGACUUCUCCCAAGUCUCAGCAGAAUACAGUGAGUUUGUUAACCGGCCUUCUCAGUGAUUCGGCCUACAAAACCCCCCCAAGUAUCAAGAGUCAACUGCUUCUCUCGAUCCGCAACUUUCUGAAUGCUGGCGAAACCGUGGUGGAUGAGAAUUUACAAACCAAAAUCUUCAAUUUGGUUUCAUCUUUGUUCAACUAUUUCAAGGACCAACCCAAUCGUGGCGUUCUCUGUGACAUUCUGGAGAAUUUAUCGAAUUUGCGGGAAAUCUUUAUGCAACCAGCGCGAUUAUGUCACGACUUGAACGCUGUUUCGGCAGAACACCUGGACGAGAUUGACUAUGACAGGCGGCUGCAAGCUUUUCAAGCAAUCAAUUCGAUGGACGUUGAUGAGCGGAGCUGUAUUGUAUGGCGACCACUAACAUACAACCUGCUUUUCUUUAUGAGGACUGUCGAGGAUUUCUCCAUUCGCUCCAAUGCGCUCAGCUCCCUGAAGCAAUUCAUUAUCAAAGCAUGUGCGGCCGACAUCCCAGAACUGAUCGUUCUGAUCAAAGAUUCGAUUCUUCCUUCAGCCAAAAAGUGUAUCAAAGACGAAUCGGAGCUUGUGAGAGCCGAUUUUGUUUCCCUUUUUGGUCUUCUCGUUCAGCAUAUUCGUGAUGACCCAGAUUUGGAGAAUAUGGCCGUCCUCCUUGUUGGUAACGACGAAGAAGCAUCUUUCUUCUCCAACAUUCUUCAUAUACAGCAACAUCGUCGUGUCCGAGCAAUCCACCGCCUCACGUCCGAGGUCGAGAAGGGCGCAAUCCGUGCGCGAAAUAAUGCAGAGGUUUUCAUCCCUCUGUUGGAAAUGUUUGUUGACGAUUCUGCCACUGAUGAGUCAGCUCAGAGCAUUAAAGGCCAAAGUAUCACUGCCAUGGGGACUUUGCUACAAUGGAUCGAUUGGAAGCACUUCAAAGGGUUAUUUCGCAAGUACAAAAACGAGAUCGAUGCAAAUGAAAGCGACUCAAAAGCCGCUAGCAAGCUUCUCGGAUAUGCGGCAGACGCGUUGAUGUUUGCAAAAGACCCCCAUUCCGCUCCCACACGAUCACAUCUCGCCGAGACGCUGCCCGAUAAUGGAGUGGUCGAAGAUGAACUGAGGACGCAUUUCAUACCCAAACUUGCAGAACUCGUUCACUACAAAGACGAGGCCGAGAUAAGUUUCCGAGUUCCCAUUGCGGUCACCGCGAUCAAGCUUAUCACGAUGCUGCCUCAAGAAGAGGUCCCUAUGGUCGCCGCACCAAUAAUCCUCGACAUUGCGCAGAUCCUGAGAAGCAGAACACACGAGUCCCGUGAUGUUGCACGCAAUGCCCUCUGCCAGAUCGUCCUGAAGCUUGGCCCCUCUAGCCUACAAUUUGUCCUCAAAGAACUGCGCACAGCCCUGACUAGAGGAUACCAGUUGCAUGUCGUCUCCUACACCCUUCACGCAAUUCUUGUUGCGAUUACUCCUGUCGUCAAGCUUGGAGAAUUGGACUACUGCGUCGAUGAACUUGUCAUGGUCAUCAUGGAUGACAUCUUCGGUACAGUGGGUCAAGAGAAGGACAACCAGGAUUAUGUGAGCAGCAUGAAAGAGGUCAAAAGCCGCAAAAGCUACGAUUCCAUGGAGUUGCUGGCGCGAACCAUAAGUAUUUCUACAUUGUCGAAGCUAGCCUCGCCUCUUCAAACCCUUUUACUCGGUACUCUGACGACAAAGCAAGCUCGACAGGUGGAUGAGCUCCUCCGAAGGCUUGGAGUCGGAUUGUCACAAAACCCGGUGGCAAACAAGCGAGACAUAUUGGUGUUUGCAUACCAGCUAAUUCAAACAAUAUAUCAGCAAAAAGGGAACAGUCGAACUGAGACACUCACCUUGGAUGAGAGAAGUCGUCAAAGAUAUCUGGUGCAACUGGGAUCUACAAACAAAACGACCAGCGCACAAACAUCCCCUCUGCUGUACAAGCUCACUAAAUUUGCCCUGGAUCUCGUGAGAUCUACACUGCAGAAAUAUAACGACGUUCUUACAGCAGAGAACGUCCAUGGAUUUCUUCCCAUCAUUGGCGAUGCUUUGAUCGAAAACCAAGAAGAUGUGAAGAUUUCAGCAUUACGCUUAUUGUCUGCAAUCAUCAAGCUCCCAAUGACCGAACUCGAUGAAAACACCCCCUUGUAUGUUAUGGAGGCGGUGAAAGUGGUGAAGAACUCGACAAACACCAACGAAGAAGCUGCUCAGGCGGCGUUGAAGCUGGUCGCCGCCGUCCUUCGUGAACGGAGGAGUGUCAAGGUUAGAGAUUUAGAUAUUGCUGAUCUUUUGCAUCGAAUCAGUCCCGACAUUGAAGAACCGGACCGGCAGGGAGUAACCUUCAACUUUAUUCGGGCGGUCAUGGCACGGAAAGUUCAAGUGCCCGAGAUUUACGAGCUGGCCGACAAGAUUGGUAUUAUGAUGGUGACCAAUCAGGCCAAGGGAUCACGAGACCUUGCACGAGGUGUUUAUGUUCACUUCCUGCUGGAAUAUCCACAAAGUUCCACGAGAUGGGCGAAACAGCAGAAAUUUUUGAUGAAAAACCUCGAGUAUGACUAUCCAGAAGGCAGACAAUCUGUCAUGGAAGCCAUCAACACCUUGGUUGGGAGGAUCAAAGGCGAAACUGCGCAGAACCUGAUCUCGACAUUCUUCAUUCCAGUCCUGCUCCGAAUGGCGAAUGAUGACCACCAAGGCUGCCGAGAACUGGCUGGAGUUUUACUGGGCCAACUCUUCCGCAUAGCAGACAGAAGCCACGUUAAAGACCUUUUGGAGCCGUUGAGGUCCUGGGUCGAACAGGAAGAGAAUCGGACACUGCAGGAGAUCAGCUUGCAAGCUUACGGUGUCCUUUUACGCACUGAAACUCCCCUUGAACGUGAGGAGAUCGGGCACAUUCGCGACAACCUGACCAAAAUACUUUCAGCGCCGGUGACAGACGACGGAGAUGAUUGGGGGCUUCCCUUUCAAGCUCUUCUGUUGUUAUCAAAAUUGGUGGAUUCCCAUCCCGAUACGGUGUUGAACCAGAGGCAGACGCAACUUUGGUCCCCAGUGUGGAAGUCGCUCGAGCGCGAGAAUUCCUGGAUUCAAAGCGGUGCCGCCAGCUUGAUUCACGAGUUUCUUCGACACUGUGUUUCGACAGACCAUUCGACGCUCCCCCUGACGUGUGACCAUGGUUUGCACCUGCGUGCAGAUGAGUUUCUGAAUGUCUUAAAGACUAGUGCCCGAAUUCUCAGGCGCAAGGAGGGGGGUGAAGAUCUCAGCGCCCAGAUGGUCCAAAAUCUCCUCUUUCUAGGCCAAUGUGCGGAUGUCAACGGGCUCAUGAUGGAGGUGGCCGACAAAUCGGGUGACGAAGAGGACAAUGACUCAGAAAUCGAGGAGCAGUCGGAUUCUGACGAUGAUGCACCCAGAAAAACCAAAGAUAUUCCCGCGAUUCAAUACCUGCUCGACCAAGUCACGCGUAUAUUGCGGGCAGAAACCAGCUCCCCCACAUCUGCGGCUCUUCUUCCAAAACGAUCAUCAUUGACACUGCUCUCUCACCUCAUUCCGACUCUCUCGAUGACUAGUCUGACCCGACCAAGGAUCCAAGACAUUCUUCUACCCCUACAGCACCUAACCGACCCCAACACCGUCCGGGCUCGAUCAGCAGAUCCCACGUUUGCGGUCACAUAUCAGGACCUCAUUGAACUCGCACACGACGUGAUGGAGAAAGUCCAGAACAAGCUCGGAGACACCGAGUACGUCAAAGCAUUGACGGAAGUGAGCAAGAUUAUGCGUGAAAGGAGGGAGCAGAGGAGGACGAAGAGGAGAAUUGAACGUGUAGCCGAGCCGGAGAAGGCUGCCAGAGAUAAAAAGAGGAAGAGCGAUAGGAAAAAAGAGCGGAAGAAGGAGAUUGGCAGGGCGCAUCAGAAGAGACGAAGGGAGAUUGGGAUGCGAUGA